AUGACACCCACAGAUCACAUCACCUACAGCCAAGCUGCCGCUCAGCAGGGCUACAGCGCUUACUCUGCCAGUCCACUCACGGACAGGCACAGACCACAGACACAGGCAUACAGGCAGCAAAGUUACGGAACCAAUGGACAGCCCACUGAGGUAAGCCACGCCCAGGCUCAGGCCACUGCUACCUAUGGGCAGACAGCUUAUGCAACUUCUGACGGACAGCCUCCCACAGGUUAUGCUGCUCCAACUGCCCCCCGGGCGUACAGUCAGCCUGUCCAGGGGUAUGGCACUAGUGCUUAUGAUACCACCACUGCUACGGUCACUACCACCCAGGCCUCUUAUGCAGCUCAGUCUGCUUAUGGCACCCAGCCUGCUUACCCAGCCUAUGGGCAACAGCCGGCAGCCAUACCAGUCACAGUGCCACCAUCCUAUCCGUGCUGUUCCUCCACACAGCGGACCUGUUCCGUCCAGAAAAGUUACUCUCAGCAGAACACCCAUGGGCAGCCGAGCAGCUAUGGACAGCAGAGUAGCUAUGGUCAACAAAGCAGCUAUGGGCAGCAGCUGCCCACUAGUCACCCCCUGCUCCAAACCGGAUCCUCCAGCCAGGCUCCAGGUCAAUAUCUCCAACAGGGCAGCAGCUACUGGCAGCGGAGUUCAUUCCGACGGGACGACCCCAGGGGCGUGGAUGUUUAUGGGCAGGAGUCUGGAGGAUUUUCCGGACCAGGAGAGAACUGGAGCAUGAGUGGCCCUGAUAACCGGGGCAGAGGGCUAGGGGGACUUGAUGGUGGAGGCAUGAGCAGAGGUGGGCGGGGAGGAGGACUCGGUGGAAUGGGCGCUGGAGAGUGAGGUGGCUGCCAUAAGCCUGGUGGACCCAUGGACCAAGGACAGGGUCUUGAUCUAGGCCCUCCUGUUGAUCCAGAUGAAGACUCUGGCAACAGUGCAAUUUAUGUACAAGGAUUAAAUGACAAUGUGAUUCUAGAUGAUCUGGCAGGCUUCUUCAAGGAGCGUGGAGUUGUUAAGAUGAACAGGAGAACUGGGCAACCCAUGAUCCAUAUCUACUUGGACAAGGAAACAGGAAAACCCAAUGGUGAUGUUCUAGUGUCCUAUGAAGAUCUGUCACCUGCCAUGGCUGCCAUGGAGUGGUUUGAUGGGAAAGAUUUUCAAGGAAGCAAACUUAAGGGUUCUCUUGCUCGAAAGAAGCCUCCAAUGAACAGCAAGUGGCGAGGUACGCAGCCCCCGGAGGGCAGGGGGAUUCCAUCGUCGCUUCGUGGAGGCCCUGGGGGAUCCAUGGGCCGCACGGGAGGCCGUGGAGGAGAGAGAGGAGGCUUCCCCCCAAGAGGACCCCGAGGUUCCCGAGGGAGUCCAUCUGGAGGAGGAAAUGUCCAGCACCGAGCGGGAGACUGGCAGUGCCCCAAUCCGUGGCGUGGAAACCAGAACUUCGCCUGGAGAACAGAAUGCAACCAGUGUAAGGCCCUGAAGCCUGAAGGCUUCCUCUCGCCACCCUUUCCACCUCCAGGUGGUGACCAUGGCAGAAGUGGCCCUGGUGGCAUACGGGGAGGAAGAGAUGGCCUCAUGGACCUGGGUGGUCCUGGUAGCAUGUUCAGAGGUGGCCGAGUCGGAUACAGAGGUGGCUUCCAUGGUGGCUGGGGCAUGGACCAAGGAGGCUUUGGCUGAGGAAGACAAGGUGGCCCUGCGGGUCCUCCUGGACCUUUGACGGAGCAGAUGGGGGGAAGAAGGGGAGAGUGUGGAGGACCUGGAAAAAUGGAUACAGGUGAACACCGGCAGGAAUGCAGAGACCUCGCAGAGCUACAUUGUUCCAUGUUUAUAACGUCGGUCACAACUUUAUGA